CAGAGAGACUGGUCUUACGUUUGCAGAGCUCCUGGCAUCGCCCGCAGGACAGCCCCCUCCCCAAUGGAUGCCCUUCCGGAGCCCCUCCUGGUGCGGAUCCUGGCCAGCCUGCCUGCCCUCGACUUGGUGCUGGUGUGCCGCCUGGUUUGCUCCCAGUGGAAGGCGCUGGUGGACGGAGGGGCCCUCUGGCUGCUGAAAUGCCAGGAGGAGGGCUUUGUGGGGAAGGAUGUGGAGGCAGAAGGCUCAGAAAGUUGGCAAACCGUCUACUUUCUCCAUAAGAAGAAGCGGAAUUUGAUCAAGAACCCAAACGGAGAAGAGGGUCUCCAGCAUUGGGAGGAUGUGCAAAAUGGGGGCGACGGCUGGAAAGUGGAAGAGCUGCCAGGCGAUUUCGGGAAGGAUUUCCCCAGGGAAGAAGUCCGCACCUAUUUUGUGUCCUCUUUUGACUGGUGCAGCAAAUCCCAAAUAAUUGACCUGCAAGCUGAAGGCUACUGGGAGGAGCUGAUGGACACCACCCAGCCCAAAAUCGUAGUGAAGGACUGGUAUGCUGCUCGCUGUGAUGCCGGCUGCCUUUACCACCUGAAGGUGAAGCUUCUCUCCGCUAACGAAGAUGUGGUAGCUGAAUUCGAGAGCGAAACCAUUGCGGUCCCCCAGGACAACGAGGGCGAGUGGGCUGAGAUCACGCACACCUUUGCUGAUUACGGUCCCGGCGUGCGCUUCGUCCGUUUCGAACACGGCGGUCAGGAUACGGUGUUCUGGAAGGGCUGGUACGGCGCCCGGGUGACAUCCAGCAUGGUGAUGGUGGAAUCUUAACGCUCUGCAUUUGCAUGUGGGAGCAGCGCCUCUGCAGGAAACCCUCACUACAAAACGAUGGCUGGGAAUUGGCAAAGA